AUGCUUGCUCACCCUCAUUGCGAUCCCGUCGAACUACGCAAGAUCAACGGUGUAGAGUAUGACUCGUAUGCAUCUGCCGCCGAAUUCUGUUUUGCGAACCACCAGCACCCUGAUGAUUACUAUGGCACACCUAAUGCCGAAGACCGUCGACCGGAUCCGGAUGAGUUCGAGGAAGAAUUUCACGAGCCUGACCUUCUGGAGGAGGACUGGCUUGAGCUUGCCCGCCAGCUUCCCGACUGCCCACCAAGCCAAGAGAUGGUAGAUCUCCUGGGUAGACGGGAUAUCGAUAUCCAAUACGAUUGGACACCCCACAAUCCUCUCUAUAUGGAUGUUGAAGACCUGCCUUCAGAGGCCCGCGAUACGCUCAACGCAGAGCAGCGGAUAGUUUACGAUACAAUAAAGAAGCUACGGGACGUUAGGUAUCUCGUGAUUGAUGAGAAAAGCAUGCUAGGUCUGCGUCAACUUUCGUGGAUCGACAAACGCCUCCGCCAAGUCUUUCCUGCUAGAGCAGCCGAAUUCUUUGGCGGCAUAAGCAUCAUCCUCGUUGGUGACUUCUUCCAGCUCCCGCCGAUUGCGAACAAACCCCUCUACUUUGAUGGACCACUCAAAGACCUGCACGAGGUCUCUGGCCAGAUCGCAUAUAGGGCGUUUAACCACACUGUCUUCUUGCAAAAGGUCCAGCGGCAACAGGGCGACGACCAGCGUGUGCAGGCCAAGCUAGGCCAGCGAGACGUAGAUUCGUUUGAUGCUGCUCUUCGUAUCUAUAGCAAGAAAGCUCGUGUUAGCGAGUACAACUACGAGCAUCUCGUCCGUCUCAAGCGUCCAGCAAUCCAAGUCAUGGCGAAGAACAUUGGUAACGGUGCUGACAAGGCAACGUCGGAACAAGCUGGCAACCUGGCUGGCCAGUUUCCGUAUAUGACAUCGGUUGGGCGCCUGGCGCUGAUACGCACCGUGACCCGCCAUGUGUCAUUAUGA